AUGGAAGACACAAACAACGCUACCCAUGGUCAGCCUGAGUUUGAGCAAGGCCAGAAUUCCUCGCAGCCAGUCAUCACCGGUGCGUUGGGAAACCCGCAAUUCCAUUACCGGACACCAGGGAACGAGGAUCAAACCCCAAACUCCAGCGUACCAUUCAACUUGGCACAGCUAAGUCAAUUCUCUCCUGAGCAAUUGCAAACGGUCGCAUCAUUUAUCCAGAUGCUGACAGGUAAUCCUCAACAAAAUGCUCCUCCCCAACCCUCUGGCGGUACACGUAAGCGACCACCGGCUCUGGCUGGUAGGAACGCGGACGGGACCCCGCUCCGAAAAAUGCAGUCCUUGGGAAGAGAGGGACGGGAAAUGGAGAAGAAAAUAGACCGAUCUGAUUAUGAGGAGGAAAUUCUGGAAACUGAGGAGGUAUACUAUUCUGAAGAGGAAACGCAGGGUCACUCCCGCCGUGAGUACAGCACCGUCGGUGCUAGUAACUAUUCGGCUGGGGGUCACCUCUUGAUCAAGCCUAAGCUUUCCCCCUUCACUCUGGAAAUAUUGAAUCAUCCUAUGACGCGAAUCAAGAUGCCGUCCUCUAAGUAUGAUGGCACAUCAGACCCCGACGAUCACGUCGCGGCUUACGAAGGACACAUGUUCCUCUACACUCAAGUCGAUGCCAUAUGGUGUAAAGUCUUUCCCUCAACCUUGACUGGGAUAGCUCAGACAUGGUUCAAAAGUCUCAAGCCAGGUAGCGUCUCUAGCUUUUCUUUGCUGUCAUCCAUGUUCAGUACACACUUUGUAAGCAAUAGGCGUCGUGAACGCACCACUGGGGAAUUGCUGUCAGUCAAACAAGGAGAAAAUGAGAGUCUGAGAGACUACAUUGGCCGUUUUAACGUUGAGGCAGUUUCCAUACCUCGACUGCAGCAAGACGUGGCCGUCUUAGCCUUAAUGACUGGGCUCAAAGAGGGAUCACCUUUUCGGAAUUAUCUGGGUCGGAAAUCAUACACAACCCUGGGUCCCGUCCUUGGCAAGGCCAAUGACUAUAUAAGAGGGGAAGAAUUUGAUAAAGCUGUAGGCAACAGAGAGUCCGGAAAGAAAGAUGAUAAGAAGAAGGAUAAGGCCCGCGAAGUAGAUCGGGGCCGUGAAGAAAGAAAGCAGGAGUCGAAUAUGGUCAAGAGGGGAAAUGACCGUUAUGACCGCGAAGGGGAGAAUGAAAGGUAUGACCGCGAUCGCAGGGAUCGUGAAAAGAAGGGCCGGGAAGGAGGUUAA